AUGCAGGAAAGACCAACCACGGUCGCCGCCUAUGCGGCGGGCGCAUCUCUCGCCGCGGUCGCGUUAUUCUACGUCUUCGGCCCCAACUUCACACUCGACGGCGAGGACUCCACCGACAGUAACCGGAAGAAGAGCAUUGUCGGCCUGUCGAACCCGGCCAAUGACUGCUUCAUCAACUCCGUGCUCCAGGCGCUGGCCGGCCUGGGCGAUCUGCGUGUCUACCUCAUCCGGGAACUCCAUCGGCGGGAAUUGGACGGUCCCGAAAUCUACAAUGUUCUUCCCGACGUGGACGAGAUCCCGCGCGGGGAGAAGCCGGAGAAGAUCUUGGAGCUACAGAGGGGAACGAUCACCCGGGCGUUGAAGGAAAUGCUGGACCGCUUGAACGAGCGCCCAAUUUACAAGAAAACGAUCUCCGCUCGCGGGUUCAUCCAGUCGUUGGAGUAUGCCUUCCGGACACGCCUCAGUCGCAACCAGCAGGACGCGCAGGAAUUCUUGCAGAUUGUGGCCGAGCGCCUCUGCGACGAGUAUCACGCCGGUGUCAAAGCACGGCAGCGAGUGCAGGCCCCUCUCCCGGCGCGCGAUGACGACCUGCCCCCGAAGACUCCGACCGAGGUCGAGGUCCGCAUCGAUGACGGAUCCGAGAAUGGGCUCCCGGCCAUCAUCGACACCAAGCUGCGCGAAAUGGACACGGAAUACUGGUUUCCGUUCGAGGGCAAGCUCGAGUCCCAAAUUGAAUGUCAAUUCUGCCACUAUCAGUACAAGCCCAACCAGACCUCGUUUGUGAACCUGACUCUGCAGGUGCCCCAGAAGUCGUCUACCACCCUCAGCGCGUGUUUCGAUGGGCUUCUGAAGACGGAGUACAUCGAGGACUUCCGAUGUGACCGGUGUUCGCUGCAACAUGCCGUGGACGUGAAGACGCACGAGCUGACCAGGAGUCGGUCGGAGAGUGACCGGCGCACGCUGGAGACCGAAAUCCAACAGCUCCAGGAUGCUAUUCAAACCGACCCCGAGUACGUGCCGGAAGGGGUGAGGCUCCCCCCAGCCGAGUCGGUUCCCAAGCGGCGAAUCGCCCGACACAUGCGGAUCACCGUCUUCCCCAAAAUCGUCGCCAUCCACCUCUCCCGAUCCAUCUUCGACCACAGCAGCUCCACCAAAAACGCCGCCAAGGUGUCCUUCCCCGAGCGGCUCCCUCUGGGGGGCAUCUUGAGCCAAAAGUGGUUCAAGCUGUUGGCGAUUGUCUGCCACAAGGGCAGUCACCAAAGCGGGCACUACGAAUCGUUCCGUCGCAAUAACCUCUACCCACCGUUCUCGACGCCGGAUGUUUUCCGUUCCAUCUCGACCUCAACGUCAUCACCCCCUACAUCCCCGUCCCCAUCGUCCGGGGAUUCCCCCGCCACGUCGCGAACGCCGUCCAUCAAGAACUCGCCGAAACCCCAGCCCCAGCUGAUUCCACCUUCCUCGCCAUCCCCUCGACCCAGCACAUCCAGCUCCCGCAUCUCCUUCCAGAGCAAGCGCUCGAAGUCAUCGGCCUCCAAACGCAACUUAUCACCCUCACCAACCAGCGAUCAGCCCCAGAGCCCCGCCACGGACGGUAGUCGCGGCAGCAAGUCCGGCUCCCGGACAUCCUUCAUGAGCGAGCGCAUCCGACCCGGCAGCUCCGGCGACGGGGGAUCCCGGUCGACGUCUCGCCUGCGCCGUCGCCACAAGCCGAACGACCGAUGGUGGCGGAUCUCGGACGAGAAGAUCAAGGAGUGUAAGACGCCGGAUGUAUUGGGCAUGCAAAGAGAGGUGUACCUCUUAUUCUACGAGCUGGAAAAGCCGUGA